GCCAAAACAGGAAGCAUUGGGAGUGAGGGAAACAUAAUCCGCUAGUCCUAGCUCUGUGGGCAUUUUACUGAUGAACUGAAACCAACCACUGAAACCAGGCCCUGAAGGGGAGAUGACAAAAGAGGAUAUUUCAGAGCCCGCUGAAGGAGACAGAGUCCUCGGCUGCUACGCCAGAAAUGCUCCCCAUCAGCGGGCGGUUAUCCACCAGGUGGCCUCUGCACCCAUGCCCAGUGACAGUGAGUUUUCCUUCUUUGAUCCUUCUGAGCCGCAGUGUAGAGAAAUUCUUCAGGAUCCAAACACCACCAUCCCUGAGCUGUUUGCUGUUCUCAGGCAGUGGGUUCCACAGGUCCAGAAAAACAUUGACGUCAUUGGAAUUGAGAUCCUGAAGAGAGGUUGCGGUGUGAAUGAUCGAGAUGGUUUGACAGAUAUGAGCCUUCUGCACUACUGCUGUAAGGCCGGGGCCCCUGGAAUCGGCGAUGCAGAAAUUGCAGCCGGUUUUGCACGGCAGCUGCUAGCCUUGGGUGCCGACCCCAACCUUCGCUCACGAUGGACCAACAUGAGGGCGCUGCAUUAUGCUGCCUACUUCGACGUGCCCCAGCUCCUUGGUGUGGUGCUACAGGCGUCUCAGCCUGGAGAGGUUGAUGCCACCUGCAGUGACUUUGACUUUGGCACAGCUCUUCACAUCGCUGCAUCCAACCUGUGCACGUCGGCUGUCAAAUGUCUGCUGGAGUUUGGAGCUAAUCCAGCUUUCAGGAAUGAAAAAGGACAGUGUCCAGCAGAUGUUGUACCUGACCCACUGGAAAUGCCCCUGGAGAUGGCUGAUGCAGCCACCAUGGCCAAAGAGCUCCGUACUCUGCUGAGGCAGGCUUUACCCAGACCCAGCUCACCUCUGCCCCUCACACCGCAAGGCCAGGUCUCUGCUCUCUCUGAUAAGGCAAGGAAACAGCUGGCUUCCAUGGGAAUCCGACUCGGGGCUCGUGUGUUGAUAGCCGGACAGAAGGUUGGGACGUUACGAUUCUGUGGCAGCACCGAGUUCUCUGGAGGCCUGUGGGCCGGAGUGGAGCUGGAUAAACCAGAGGGGAAGAAUGAUGGCUCCGUAGCAGGGGUUCAGUAUUUCACCUGUCGAUUCAAACACGGAAUUUUUGCUCCCCUGUCCAAGAUAAGUAAACCCUUGGAGAAACAUAAAUCGAGCUCUGCAAAGACUCCUCUACGCCCCCCUCGUCGCAUUGACGUGUCGCGUGUUACUGCCAAGAUUAACACAGGGAUACUUUCCCGCUCCCUGUCGUCUUCUUCAUCUUCGUUGGACUCUCGUCACGGAACGGGUGGCCGUCCUCGUCCUCUGCCAAGGCAGCGCCUCCCUCCUAGGCAGAGAAAGGAGAACAUCUCCCCAAGUCUCCGGAUGACUCCACCACCCGCACUCCACUCAUCGCGCUCCUCAGCUCCUCCAGCUGUCGGUUUCAGGAGUAGGACCCCCUCAGCCAGCAGCUCUCUGUACGACUCUGAGGUGCGACAGGGGGAGAGGGUGCUGGUGGCGGGACAGAGGACCGGCAUUGUUCAGUUCUGUGGGAAAACCAGCUUUGCUCCUGGUAUCUGGUUGGGCAUUGAACUGGACAAGCCUAGUGGCAAAAAUGACGGCUCAGUUGGAGGAGUCAGAUACUUCAGCUGUCCUCCCAAACAUGGAGUAUUUGCUCCUCCCUCCCGUGUUCAAAGGAUCCAUGGCUCAGUCGAUUGCCUUUCAGAGCUCACCUCCUCACGUCUCCGUCAUCCAGUCAGUGGGACGAUUCGUCGCAGUUUGAGCACAUCAACAGCCAUCGCCACACCAAAGGAGCUGAGCAGGAGAAGCCCCGUCACCAGGAGCCGUUCUACUCCUCACCGUCGCCGCUGGAGCACCCUGAGCGGCAGCAGUGGAGGAAUUCCCGGAAGCACGGCAGGGUCCAGUCCUUCCGCCUGCUCAGACAGCCAGGUGCGUCUCCAGGUGGGCAUGCAGGUCUUCCUGACCAGCGCCAACGAGAUGGCCUUUAUACGCUUCCUGGGAGCAGCGGACUUUGCGCCAGGGCUCUGGCUUGGUUUGGAGCUCCGAAGUCCAAAGGGCAAGAACGACGGCUCCGUAGACGGCCGCCGCUACUUCACGUGUCGACCUGGCUACGGCGUCCUGGUCCGUCCCAGCCGGGUCACCUAUCGUGGCAUCAACGGUUCCCACUUGGCGAAUGAAAAAAGCUGAAGACUUUGAAUAUGGGUUGGAUCUCACGCUGAUUAAACUUUUUGCAUUUCUAACUUUUUGCAUUCUGAUUCUCUGCACUGCGGAGCUUUGAGCUAAAGACAUAACUGCUUUAAAGUUUGUAGGAGGCAAAAAGCACUUUAUAAAGUUAACAGGAAAUCUAUUUUGCAUAAAACUCUGCACUACUUUAUUCUGAUUGCACUGACAAGCCUGUCACUAUAAGAUCAGACUGACAAUAUCAGUGCUUUCUGGGAUUUUAUCAAUUUAUUAGGAUCUAAUUAAAGGUGUCCUUGUGUUUUUGUUGGUGCAUGUUGAUCAGAAGCACUUUAGAAAAGGAGACCAGGAUUUUUUAUAAACAGGGUUUAUAAUUGAAGUCGUGUUGGACUUAUUAGUAAAUAAGAUUAAAGAAAAUGAUGCUCUGUUUGGUGGCAAUAAAAGUAUUUAACCAGUUAGGAAUGGUUUGUAAUGCUGUCUAUAAAUCACUUUUUAUUAGGUCUCUUUUUUAAUAUUUUGAUUAUUAGGCCAGAUUAAACAUUAAAAGACGAAAUAAUUGCCAAAGAGAAUUAAUGUUAGGCCGUCUGACAUAAAAAAACCCCUCAAACCAUCACACAGCUGAGAUGGUUUGUCCUUUUUUUGGAAGAAAAAGCAAAAGCAGAGCUGACUGCUUUUACAUGGAUGUGUUCCCUAACCUUUAUUCCUGAUGCACAUUGUCCUGCAUGCUUUAGAUGUUUCCCUGCUGGGAAAAACCUAAUUUAAAGGAGGCAGAAAGCUGAUAUUUCUCUCAUCAGAUUUGAGCUAAAGCUUCCAUAUUAUUCAUCAAUCUGCAGAACAAUCCAUAGCAAUUAGCACAGCUGGCAAACAUGUCAAAAGCUUCAAAAUAAAUCCAUCUUUAAUGAAGUCCCUGAUGCUUCAAGUCCUGUAAAAUUUAAUCAUAUUGAUAAUUAUAGGCAAGGAUCUGUGAACCUGUAGGCUUUUUAUUUUUCAUAGGUCAGGGAAUUACCUAAACCCAUCUUUAACUACAGUAUCAUAAUUUCAUCCUUUUUAACCCUUGAUCUUAAUUGUCAAAGGCUCUAAGAAGGCUUUCAGAAAGGUUUUGUCACCGAUGGAGGAGGGUGGGCAUUUAUGCGGAAUAACAGAUAAGGUCAGUUAUUCAAUUGCAGCGUUAUUUAUAAAGCACUUUUAAAACGAGGUUAACCAAAAUGCUGGACAUGACAAUAAAAGACAAAGACAGACUCAUACAAUAAAGAGUCACCAUCAGGUUGUGUUAAAAGCAUAAAAGUAGAGGUGAGCUAUGAGGCAAGAUUUGAAAAUAAAGAGAUUUAAUUUAUUUAAAAUAAAAAUCUACUGAAAGUUGUCAUAAUGUCAAGAUAAUGACAGAAGCCACAGAUAAAGCUGCUCUGAGCUGUGUUAAACUAUAAAGCGAUAUUAAAAAUUGUGCUAUUGCUUACAAGAAUGAUGAUCUAAAAUGCUAUAAUAAUGCCCAUUGUCCUUUAUAAUGGCUGCUGUUUGGGUUAAUCCAAAGAGUAACAGUUUGAAUGGUUCCUACCAAACAUUUGUAAUAGUCUGUGGUGAAAGAGCCAUUUUUUUCCUGGGCAAACUGCAUAAUUCUAGUUCAGUCCAGAGAGCAAUGGGCUGCUACGACUCAUUGGGAAGGACUGCAGGUCCAGCAAGCCCAUGCAGAACAUUAGAGAUCGUAGUUCCAAGCUUCAGGAUAUUCACCUACAGAUCAGGGCUGGUCACAUCUCUGAAGUGGACAUUUUAUUAGUCUGUUUAAUUUGCUGUUUUUUCAGACUUUAUCUCUAUUUAUCAGGGCCUCAGUGGGCUCCUUUAGAUGGUUGACCAUAUGAUGAGGAAUCAAAAGUUAUGCACAAAUGUUGUCAAACUGUAUUAAUCAGGCAACGAAGUGACAAAUGACAAAAAUUAACCAUUUUUAGUUUUCUUGCAGGUAGGGUUGUCACGAUACUAAAGUUUUCAACUCGAUACCGAUACUAAGGAAAAUAUUCGAUGCUCGAUACCAUUUUCGAUACCACAAGGAUAAAAUUUCAACAGAAAUAUUUUGAUUAAUAAUUAAAAUACAAUAAAUAAAUAAAUACAAUAAACAAUAAGAACAACAUUUUGAGGUUGUUUUCUGUGCAAAGUAUUUAGCAAGCUUGAUAACAAACUUACAAAAUUAAAAUUAAGUUUUCCUUACUUGGCUAUGCUUUGCACACAUAACAAUGACACUAGCCAAACCGGUUAAGAAACAAAAAUAAUUCUCAGCAGCUGCAAAUGUUACAAAAAAA